AUGUCUUCCGCACGCGGCGAUAGUGCCGAGAAUGAUGAUCAUGAGCAUGAUUUGGGGGAAGAAUCGGAAGAUUCUAGCAGUGAACGUGCAUCCCCAGACGUUGCUGAAGGCCAAACUGCAGAGGACAACAACGAUGAAGAGCAAAUGGAAGAUGACGACGAUGAUGAUAUAUCGGUCAAUCUAAGUAUUCUUGAUGACUUAAGUGAAUUGGAUUUUGACGAAGUCCAUCGCAAUCAAGACUACGAUAAGCUCAAAGAUGCAUAUGACCGUCAACAGCCAUGGAGCUUUCUACUAAGAGCACACUUUGGGGGCGAAGAAAAUUAUAGCAGGGUCUAUCGCGAAUGUUGCAAACAGGAAAAUAUGUCUCAGAGACUAAACAUAUUCCAUCCUGACUUUUCACUUCAGCAGGUGACGAUUUCAGAGGAGAGGCGCGCGAUAGAAAAGAGACUGGUAUUAGAAGAAAGGCGCGCGCGGCGUCUGGCACUGGAACGGGCAUAUGAUGAAAACAACAUGAUUGAGCCGGAGAUCCACCCUACAUCUUACUUCCCAUUUCAGGAGCUUCCUUUGGAGAUUCAGGUGAAGAUAUUCAAGCAACUGUUUGUCAAGGGUACUCUCAUCCACUGUCUCUCUCGGUUAGAUCCUUCAAAUCCACCCGUUGGCUUCCCCGUCGAGGAUGUCAAAGGCGAAAGUCAACUACCAACCAGAUUCCAUUUUGGCAGGUCGCCAUGUCAAAUUAUUCUAGCUCGCAAACCAAAUGACGUACUAAAGCCUUUACUGGUCUGUAAACGCUGGUACUUUAUCGGUGUACAUGCUUUCUACGGAGCGAAUACUUUUGCGUUUAGCUCGCUUGGCGAAUGGCAUCGAUUUUGCAAUGGCAUUGGCGCUGCGCGCGUCCAGCGGUUGGUGAAUGUCGAACUAAUGUGGCAUGGAGCUUUGAUGCCUAGACACGAGACCAGAAUCUCGCAACGUUCACUCGGUCUCAAGUGGUUUACUAAAACGAGACGCCUUCGCACUCUGGUUGUUCACAUAGCAGAAUGUGAGAAAAGCCGGACACGACGGAAGUAUGAGAUACAGACGAAGGAUCGUCAGCAAGUCGGUAAAGGUAGAGGCCGGCUUAUCGAGGACCAGUCUGAUGAAUAUCAAUCGGAUGGAGAUGAGUCUGACGGCAACCAAUCCGAUGGGAAUCAAGAUUUGGACAAAGAAUUUGACCCUUUCGAGACUAUGGUUCGCCGUACUUUUAGACACCCGAAUUACCGGAGGUUUCGAUCAAUGCGGACAGUUCAAGGGAUCGAUUAUCUUUAUCAACUACGAGCUAUGGAUUGGAUCCGCUUCAAAGAGAGUAACGGCCUUGAUCACCGCCAAUCAAUUCGGGAUUGGUCGUUCCUAAAAGACCUAUGCACUGUCGUAACUCUGCCGAAGCAAGAUGGUCUUGCCCUUAAGAGCCAUCUAGAGAAUCUGACACCGCUGACGUGUUUGGAAGAUUUUAUCCCGUCGGAAGAAGACAUGCUUAUUGUUAAGACGUUUUACGACGAGACUCAUAUCCUAGGUCCGGCGGGUGGUUCCGAAACGACUGGCUCAGCCAACGGCGCAUCUAGCGAUACUGCUUCAUGGGACGGCACCAGUAUCAGCGACUCGGACGAUAAUAAUGAUUCUGAAGACGGACAUGUUCCUAAUCUCCGACAUGCCCCCAACUCUCCAGCUCCAGAAAUUGUAGAUCCUAGUCCUAAUAGCGAUACUGAACCUGAUAGCGACGAUGACGACGAUGACGCGGGUGGCUCUGGUCUACCGGGCGUAUCACAAAAUGCUACCACUAUCUCGUUAGUCGGGGCCUCCCAACAGCGUAAUAACCAGAUGCAAGACAACGAAAACGAAGGAGACAGAAUAGAUAUUGAUGAUGAUGACGGCAGUUCCAGCGGUCUAUUUGUUCGCUCCGGAUCAGGCUCGGGUACUCCUCCAGCAGACCCAAUGGAGAUUGACGAUCCUACCGAGCAGGCAAAUCAUGAGGUGAUAGAUCUGACAGGGGACCAGGAAGAUGAUGAGGAUAAGGAGUCUUCGCUUUUUGUUCGUUCCGAGCCAGAUACCAGGUCUGUGAAAGAAGAGCCCGACGAUGACAACGCCAACGAGCUAUAUGAUCGGGAGGAUACCCCUCCGAGUAGCGAUGAUGAAUCUGAUAUUUACCCUCGUCCUGUCGUGAGCGGUGGCUCUAGAACCAAUCCUUCAUCCGGACCAUCGAGCGAAGGUGAAGCUUACUCUCAUGACGAGGGACGAGUGGGAAAACGCCGUAGGCUAGGGUGAGAAACGCCAAUGUGGCGCACACUCCUUUACAUUCAGCGGCAUAAACCCCCGGAAGUGAAGCAGCCGCUUCGCUCUUAAGACGGCAUACUUGGACUCUUCUCUUUACAUCUUCGUUUUAUCUAC